UCAACCCCUUCUCGCAAGCUCUCCUUCUCGAGUUCAUCCAGGUAGACUAUACGACACCUGCGCAAAUGUUGAUGAUGGUGACUGCCACGUUUGGAAGUGGUGGGAUGUCGCCGUUAUGGAAGAGAUGAAAGCAAGAGAUUUACACACCCUCCAACUGGCUGAAAAGGUAGAUUCUCUUACCCUUAUGGGUGACUAUGUGACUGAGCAGAAGGUGGCUAAACUAGAGGAGAUGGUUUCUAAGCUAAGUAACAAGAAUCCAGUGUUCACCAAUCGGUUUGAAAUGGUAGUUGCUUUCAUUGUUGUUUUACUCGUAAUAUGGAUGAUGGUCAUGUUUAAGUAGACUGCUUAUGUAUUUUAGCUGUAAUGGUCGGGUUGUUGCUUUGCGGUUUGUAAUAAGGACUUAUGUAUUAGGGACCAAAAUCAUUUGGAUUUGGUGUUGUAUUAAACUUUUUUCAUGUCGGUAUGGUGUUGUGAUCACGGGAGUUAGAAACAUAUAAACACGUGAAACAACACAACAAAACAAGCAAUCAACUGUCAGAAGAAACUAAUAAUCAAAGAUUGUGUGCUAUAAAACAUCACGGGAGUUAUCAUAUCUGGUGUCACAAGAAUUCAAACUAUUAACAUCACGGGAGUUAUAGGGAAAUAAACAGAAGGAAAACAUUGUGUGCUAUAAAAAUAUAACAUCUUCUCUCAUUACCUUCACCACAUCUCAUCUCUCUUGAACUCUCUUUCCAAACAUUUCCUCUCAAUUCAUUUUUUUGGAAAAUGGCUUCUUCUUCUCAUUAUCAUUAUCACAAAGAUGAUGAUGUUGAAUUUGAAUCCCUUUUUGAAGAAUUAUUAGAAAUCCCUGAAACUUUUCCCGAACCGAAAGAGCGUAAAAAACGUAUAUUUAUUGAGAGAAACCGGGAAGAAGGCCACAUCAACCUGUGGAAUGAUUAUUUUUCUGAAACUCCUACAUACCCUCCCAAUAUAUUCCGACGACGAUUUCGAAUGAGCAAGUCAUUGUUCCUGCGUAUUGUGGAUUGUCUCUCUACGGAAGUAGCUUAUUUUGCUCCAACACAAGAUGCAGUCGGAAGAUCAAGUCUAUCACCGCUCCAGAAAUGCACUGCAGCCAUUCGUCAAUUAGCAUAUGGUGGUGGGGCUGAUACAGUUGACGAAUAUGUAAGACUUGGUGAAACCACAGCUCGAAAAUGCUUGCACCAAUUUACCGCGGGAAUUAUCGACUUGUUUGGAGAUGAAUACCUAAGACGUCCAACAGCGGAGGAUCUAGAAAGACUACUCGCUAAAGGAGAAGAACGUGGAUUUCCCGGAAUGAUUGGAAGCAUCGAUUGUAUGCACUGGGAGUGGAAAAAUUGCCCCACCGCUUGGAAAGGUAUGUAUUCACGAGGAACCGAUAAACCAACAAUUGUGUUGGAGGCCGUAGCUUCUUAUGACCUGUGGAUAUGGCACGCUUUUUUUGGAGCUCCAGGUACUAUGAAUGAUCUUAAUAUUCUAGAUCGAUCACCUGUUUUUGAUGACAUUAUUAACGGCAUAGCUCCGCAAGUCAACUUCAAUGUCAACGGAAGGGAGUACGAUUUUGCCUACUAUCUCACGGAUGGUAUUUAUCCGGAAUGGGCGACAUUUAUUCAAUCUAUCCGACUACCACAGGGUCCAAAACAUUCACUAUUUGCUAAAACCCAAGAAUCUGUCCGCAAAGAUGUUGAGCGUGCCUUUGGAGUCCUACAAGUUAGAUUCGCCGUUAUUAAAAAUCCUUCAAAUUUAUGGGAUAAAUCUAAGAUAGCAAAUAUUAUGAGAGCAUGUAUCAUACUCCAUAAUAUGAUUGUCGAAGAUGAACGACGUACACAGACUCAAGAUGAGACGUUUCAAGAUGAGGAUAUUUCUUUUUCCGUCAAGAUGCCUACCGAGCUUUUCAAUACACUUGAUCGUCGGGCAAAAGUUCGGGAUAGACCAAUCCAUAGACAAUUAAAACUUGAUUUGAUCGAACAUAUAUGGGAUCAAUUUGGGUAUGAAAAUUAAGUUUUCAUGUUUAAGUUUCUAUGCAUUUAAUAAAACAUAUGCUUUUAUGAAUUUUUUUUUCAAAAUUAUAAUCUUUUUUUUUUAAUUUUUGUUCAACUUUGUUAUUUUCUUAAGUUUAAUGUUAUAUGUUUUAUUAUAAAGUCCUACCAAAUAUUUUGCAAAAUAAAAAAAAAUACUAUUUAGCUAAGAACCUACAAAAGUAUCUACCAAUAAUCUUCACUUUUAAUCAAGUAUCUUAGCAAAAUCUCUUAAUCUAAUUAUAUUAAUAAACUAACCUAAGAUAUGCAAUAAAGUCCUAGCAAUGAGGAUGCUCUUACUGUCUUGUUAUUAGCUUCUUGCUUGUUAUUAUUCAUAGCUUUUGUGUUCCUUAUUCAUAGUUGCAAAACAAACAAUCAUGAAUCAGAAGGAAAAGGAAAACCAGCGAUUUUGAAAGCAGUCAUGCCGCCAUCAACGACUAAGUUAUGUCCUGUAACAUAUUUACCGUCUUCAGAGGCCAAAAACAGAGCAGCUUUAGCCACGUCAGCUUCUUCGCACUC